AUGCAUCCAGCUCAAUCAAAUGUAGAUUUACUAACUACAAAUCUAGCUUAUCAAUUUCAUAAUAAUCAAUUUAUUAAAAAUAAACAAACGUGCUCACAUAAAUUGUCUUCCGACAAAUAUUUGAUAGCGAAAAAAGUUCGUAUUAAUAUGAAUAAAUAUGGUUAUUUAUUUGAUUCAUUUUUUUCUCAACAAUCAAAUAACAAUCAAAAACUAAAUAAAGAAAUUCCAUCAUCCAAUAAAAAGCAAAAAAAAAUAAAGAAUACAAACAAAACAAAAAAUAGAAAAGUCAAAUUGAAGCAAGCAAUGAAACCAAAAUCAGAAAAACUGAUUACAACAUCACCUUCCACUAAUCAAGUUCAAAUCGGUUCUCCUUCAGAUCGUAUGUCAUCACAUAUACCAAGAAUAGACUAUCAUCAAUCAUCUAUGCUCAGUCCCGUGUCAUCUUCUAUUUCAUCGGUAUUAUCUGACGUACAAAAUCGUGAACAUGAUAAUCAUAAAAUUGAUUCUACUUCAUAUAAAUCAGAUCAAUGUCGAGAAAAAAUGAAAAUUCUAUAUGAAAGGGGGCCAAUAGUGAAUGAAAACUAUAUUAAUGCGCGAAAUUUAUCGAAUCAAUUCGAUUUAAUCAAAACUCGUCAACUUAAAAAAAUGAAAGAAUAUUCCAAAGGUUUCAAACCAGAACAACUUUUCCGUUGUCCAAAAGAUACAAGAUCAAAACGACGAAAAUGUUGUGGAGUUUACUAUGAAUUAUUUAAUGAUGCGUGGCGUCUACUUGAAGAAUGGUUUAUGAUAAGAUAA